AUGGAGGUCGAAGUGAAGCUCCGCCUCGCGGACGCCAACGCCCACCGCCACGUCACCACCCUUCUCUCCCCCUUUCACGUCGUCACCCACCGCCAGCAGAACCUCUUCUUUGACGGUUCUGCGUCCGAGCUCUCUGCCCGGCGCGCCGUGCUGCGCCUUCGCUUCUACGGCGACGACGAGCGGUGCGUCGUUUCGCUGAAGGCGCGGGCGGUGCUGGUGGAUGGCGUUAGUCGUGUGGAGGAGGACGAGGAGGAUCUGGACCCGAGGAUCGGGCGCGAAUGCGUUGCGGAGCCUGGGAAAUUGGGAUCGGUGGAGUCUAGGGUUUUGGGGAGAGUGAAGGAGGAGUUUGGAAUUGAAAAGGGUCUUGUAGGGUUGGGGGGGUUUGGGAAUGUGAGGAAUGUGUAUGAUUGGAAGGGAUUGAAAUUGGAGGUGGAUGAAACUAAGUUUGACUUUGGAACUCUCUACGAGAUCGAGUGUGAGAGUGCUGAUCCUGAAGGAGCUAAACGGCUCCUCGAGGAGUUCUUGAAGGAGAAUGAAAUUGAUUAUUCCUACUCUACAGCCUCCAAAUUUGCCAUCUUUCGAUCUGGGAAACUGCCUUAG